ACGGACCUGACGUCCCGAGCACGCCGCCCCAGCAGCCCCCUGGCCGCGACCCCGCCCCCCCCGCCACCGCCCCUCUCCCCCCUCAGGCAGCUCCAUGACGACUACUCCCGCCGCAUACCUUGCCUUCCGCCCCCGGACCGCCAGCGCCGCCCCUCGCCUGCACGCGCCAGAGCCACGCCCCCCGAGAGGGAGACGGACGGCCAGCGAGCCGCCACCACCACCACCGUCACGGUGGAACACGCACCCUCCAUACACCGCGCCCCCCUUGCCCCUCUCGCCCCUCUUUGCCCCCCUGGACCCGACCGACCGCGGUGGCACGAGUGGCCAACAGACUCUCACCAGCAAUGGCUGCCAGCAGCUGAGUAGCGGUCAGGGUGUCGCGCAACAGACGUCAUGUCCGAGUCCGAGUGACACGUCUGCUGAGGACUGUGGGCCUAUGGAGGCUCAGAGACUAAUGGGGGAGGAGGAGUCACACACUGACACCGUGCAGAUGGAGGUCCAUGAACAGGGCUCAACCAAGUGCAUAUGGAAGACACCAGAGAAAGACGCCGACGAGCUGGAGUCCCGGUCAGCAGGAGACGAUGAAGAUGCCCUCACCCUCUCCCAGGCCCGAGCUCUGCUGUCCGCCUCCGACCCAUCGCACCAUGACUCCGCCCCCAGCUCGCCCGCCCUAUCGGACGCCCCCGCAGCGGAUUCUCCCACCACCCCCACCGCUACACCGUCGACUGUGAUCCGGCGCCGCUCCGGGCGACCGCGGCCCCGGCCCUUCUCCGACUACGGCCAGCUGGUGAACAGGAAGUUCUCCAUACCCGAGGAAGUGCGGACGGCACCCACCACGCCAAAACCCACCGCCACGUCUGCUGCUGCCAACGAUGCCAACACCACGCCAACCUCGUCGUCCCAAGAGAGCGCUAGCCCUGUUGCCAACGGCAAUGGUCCUAUGAGUUACCAUGGCAGCAGUCCAAAGGAUAAUCAAUGGAGACAGCGGCCCAUGUCGGUCAUCGAGGGGAUGGACCGGUACCCGUCACCAGGCGGCGAGGACCGCGAGGAGCAGGACAGCUUGCCCUCGCCUCUGCCACGCCCCCCCAUGCCGUCCCACCAGGUGCCCCCGUACCGGGCGGUUUCGGCCCGCCUCCGGCCCAACACCAUGUCCCAGAGCACCCCCAUCGGCCUGGACCGCCUGGGCCGACGCAAGCUGCACCGCGUACUCAGUGAUGGCCCCUCUGAGGGGUGUCCCAUGCUGGACGACAGUGUGAGCGAGGAGGACGGCAGUUUUGACGAGCUCACACACACACACACCCCGUACCUGCAGACUGGAGUGGAGAUCAGCGCUCUUAACCAGCUGAUCUGGUCGGGUCACAUGGUGUACGCGGAGGCCCUGUGGGAUCAUGUGACCAUGGAGGAGCAGGAGCUGGCGUUCAAGGCGGGAGACGUCAUCCGGCUGGUGGAGGCGUCCAGCAAGGACUGGUGGUAUGGGGCGGCGGGGGAGCGGGAGGCAUGGUUCCCCUCGGGGUUCGUCAGGGUGCGUGUGAACCAGGAGGAGGAGUCGAGUGGGGGGAGUGUGGAGAGCGUGGAGAUGGGGACGCAGGAGGACCAGGAGGCGGUGUUGCCUAGAGACAAGCGCGCCCAGAGCACCGAGCACCGCGAGCAGAUGAGGACCAACGUCGUCCGGGAGAUCAUGAACACCGAGCGAGACUACAUCAAACACCUGAGGGACAUCUGCGAUGGUUACAUCCGUCAGUGCCGUAAGCAUCCGGGCAUGUUCACGGAGCAGCAGCUGCGGGUCAUCUUCAGCAACAUCGAGGACAUCUACAAGUUCCAGAGGAAGUUCGUGAAGGACCUGGAGAGGAACUACAACAAGGAGGAGCCGCACCUCAGCCAGAUCGGAUCCUGCUUCCUCCAGCAGGGCGACGGUUUCUCCAUAUACUCUGACUACUGUAACACCCACCCGGUGGCGUGUGUGGAGCUGCAGCGCCUGAUGAAGUUGAGUCGCUAUAAGCAUUUCUUCGAGGCCUGCCGCCUCCUGCAGCAGAUGAUCGACAUCUCGCUCGCCGGCUUCCUGCUCACGCCCGUCCAGAAGAUCUGCAAGUACCCCCUGCAGCUGGGGGAGCUGCUCAAGUACACGCCCAAGGACCACAGUGAUCACCAGAGUGUGAGCGAUGCGUACGAGGCGAUGAAGAACGUGGCGAGCCUGAUCAACGAGAGGAAGAGGAGGCUGGAGAGCAUCGACACCAUCGCCCAAUGGCAGGUCGCCAUCCUGCGCUGGGAGGGCCAGGACGUGUUGGCCCGCAGUUCCGAGCUGGUCCACUCGGGGGAGCUGCAGCGCGUGGUGCGCCAGGGCAAGACCCAGCAGCGCAGCUUCUUCCUCUUCGACCACCAGCUGGUGCUGUGCAAGAAGGACGUGCUGCGCCGCGACCUGCUCCACUACCGCGGCCGCCUGGACAUGGAUGCCACCGAGCUGCAGGAGCUGGCGGACGGGCGAGACGGCGAGCUGGGGGCACUGAAGAACGCCAUUCGGCUGAGGAACAAGGAGACGGGGGAGAGCCUCACGCUCUGCUGCCGCAAGGCAGAGGACAAGCAGCAGUGGAUGGCGGCCUUCGCACGGGAGAGGAGACGCGUCCAGGAGGACGAGGAGAUGGGGAUGGAGAUCAGUCAAGAGCAGCGAGCACAAGCGAUCAUCAACGCACUGAAAGCAAAGCAAGGCAAAAUCAAAAGUAUGGGCUACUCUGGCCUCCCCGUGGCCCCGCCCCUCCACCCCAUCCACCAGCGCCACGUCACCGUGCCGACCAGCGUCCCCCAGCAGCAGGUGUUCGCCCUCGUCGAGCCCAAGAGGAAGUCAUCACAGCUAUGGGCCUUCACACGCCACGCCCUCUUCAGGAAGUAGAGAGGAAACCACGCCCUCUUCAGGAAGUAGAGAGGAAGCCACGCCCUCUUCAGUGUCCCUCAAUGGCGGCCGCCUCUACAAGAAGGAGAAAAGAGGAAACGGCCCAAGUUGCAGCCCUCCCUCCGUCAAACUUGUAUUUUGUCUGCACACCUCGGCUGGCAGGCGCUUCUGAGAAGGCCCAUGGGUCACUCGGCAGACAAUUUGGAAAAACUCCCGCACACUGACCAUUUCGAUGUUUUCUUUAAAACACUACAAAGGUCUACGACCGAAACGUUGUGUAGAAGAAAACAGCAAAAUGGUCAGUGUACGGGAGUUUUUUUUUUCAUACUGACCCCUCUGUCUUAAAAAAAAGAAACAACCAGGAGUCAAAGUAGAGACCUCUUUGGAAUCCCACGUGUUGCCUUUUCGAGCCGUCCCACGGAGGGAUAUGACUUUGGGGUGUCGGUUUCCCUCAACGACCACACCCCUUUUUUUGGGGGGAAAGGAGGCGCGCAAUCUUCAGUGACUUAAAGUGCUCUUCAGAAAGUACAGAGGAGACGAGCAGAGCAGAGAGGAGUGUUGUUCAGAGGAGCAGAGAGGAGUGUUCUACAGAGGAGACGAGCAGAGAGGAGUGUUGUUCAGAGGAGACGAGCAGAGAGGAGUGUUCUACAGAGGAGCAGAGAGGAGUGUUGUUCAGAGGAGACGAGCAGAGAGGAGUGUUCUACAGAGGAGACGAGCAGAGAGGAGUGUUGUUCAGAGGAGACGAGCAGAGAGGAGUGUUGUUCAGAGGAGACGAGCAGAGAGGAGUGUUCUACAGAGGAGCAGAGAGGAGUGUUCUUCAGAGGAGACGAGCAGAGAGGAGUGUUGUUCAGAGGAGACGAGCAGAGAGGAGUGUUCUUCAGAGGAGACGAGCAGAGC